CGGCGCGUGUUUUGGGGGUGGGGGCGGGGGCUGCGCCUCAACCAGUUGGGAAGAAUGACUCUGGAGUCCAUCAUGGCGUGCUGCCUGAGCGAGGAAGCCAAGGAAGCGCGCCGGAUCAACGACGAGAUCGAGAGGCAGCUCAAGCGGGACAAGCGGGACGCCCGCCGGGAGCUCAAGCUGCUGCUGCUGGGUACAGGAGAAAGUGGCAAGAGCACAUUUAUCAAACAGAUGAGAAUCAUCCAUGGUUCUGGAUACUCUGAUGAAGACAAAAGGGGCUUCACAAAGCUUGUGUAUCAGAAUAUAUUCACAGCAAUGCAGUCUAUGAUCAGAGCUAUGGAUACACUCAGAAUCCCAUACAGCUAUGAACAUAAUAAGGCCAAUGCACAGCUAGUUCGAGACGUUGACAUAGAGAAAGUGUGCUCGUUUGAGAACCCUUAUGUAGAUGCAAUAAGGUAUUUAUGGAAUGACCCUGGAAUCCAAGAAUGCUAUGACAGGCGGCGAGAGUAUCAAUUGUCAGAUUCUACUAAAUACUCUCAUUUAAUUCUGUAUUUUCCCUCUCAGAAUCGAAUGGAGGAAAGCAAAGCAUUGUUUAGGACAAUUAUCACAUAUCCCUGGUUUCAGAACUCUUCAGUCAUUCUGUUCUUAAAUAAGAAAGAUCUUCUAGAAGAGAAAAUAAUGUACUCGCAUCUAGUUGACUAUUUCCCAGAGUAUGAUGGACCUCAGCGGGAUGCACAAGCAGCAAGGGAGUUCAUCCUGAAGAUGUUUGUUGACCUGAAUCCGGAGAGCGAAAAAAUUAUCUACUCCCACUUCACAUGUGCCACAGACACGGAGAAUAUCCGCUUUGUCUUUGCUGCUGUCAAAGACACUAUCCUACAGUUGAACCUGAAGGAGUACAACUUGGUCUAACUGUGCCUCUAAAGUCUCUACCACCCCUUAUUCCCCCUUUGGGCAAUGGAAGAUAUUCAAGAGGGACUGUAUUAUCUGUGAAAACAAUCUGCAUAAUACUAAUUUAUUACUGGCCUGGACUCUGUGAAUGUUCACAGGGUUUAUAGUAAAUAUUAUGAUUUUAUUUAAACUUUGCAGAGGAAAAACAAAAGAUGCUGAACUACAUUCACAGCACAUUUCCUCAUUUUUUUAGUCAAAACUUUGUGACUCGAUGUGUGUUAAAUUCUCAGUCGUGCACUCACAAAGGAUAGGGACUUGGAUGGUCUUUGUUUGUUUGUUUCUGAAGCAAAAUCAAGUUGGUGUCUCUCCCCUCUUGUCUUAAGAGGUACAGUGGCCUUUUACCCAAGUUUCAUUCUUUCAUUUCCUCUAUAGUGAUAUGGUCAGCAAAAAUCUGUCUCUAGAAUUUAAGCCAUCAGUUGUUCUGAUUUUUCAGCAACUUGUUUUUGGAAGGAUCAAAAGUAUUGAUGUGCUUAACUUUCUUUUGUUUUUCAUUUAAUUUUUGGCAGAGAUGUCAAAUAUAUCUGCUUCUUGGUACUGUCUUUGCACUGAAGGCCCGGGAGUGUUGUUCAGUGGCAACAUGAAUUGUAGCAGUGUUACAGAAUUUACCUUUAAUUUUCUCAUGGAAACUUGGCAAACUGUGCAGAACACAAUAACAAACAACUAAGACACAAAAGCAAAUAAGGAAAUAGGAUAGCUUUUUUAAUUUCCAUGUGCCAUAACAAAAUUUAUCCUCCCCCCCCUUUUUUUUUAUUGCGUCCUAAUCACAGAUGCCAAACAGAUGUCAUGGACACUACAGUAACCUGGAAGUUUUUGUUUUUUGUUUUAAUUAAUCAGACCUUCUCGAUUUCUCUCACCAUUUCAAGCCUAUUCUUACUGUCUACCAAGUUUGACAUUGCCAGAUCUGGCUUUUAAAAAAAUGGAAGUGUAAGUUACUGAUUUUAAAGGUCAAGUUAACUGAUUGGGGAUCUGUCUGUUCCAGAUGACAGCCAAAUGUUUAAGCAGUUAGAGUUCAACUUCUCUGUUCCCUGUUUGUAUUGGGAAGCAUUCCUUUGUCAAUGCCAAAAAACCACUGCAGUGUGAGUGAAAAUGUUAUUUGGUGCUACAUACAUAUGGUCUGCUAAUUCAAAGUCAGUUUUACUCUUGUCUAGGUGACAUAGCAUUCCACAGUAUUUCUUUCUUCUUCUUCUUCUUAACUGAAAAACACAGAAUUGGAAGUACAACAUCCUUGAUGUGGUUGCUUAAUUGGUUUAUUUGGGGAUUUCUAAAUAGGACCUGGCCUUAGAAUUGUUAUUAUAUGUGAAAUAACUGGGGGAAAUCAUAUUGGAAGGUGAAGGCUGCAGUCCUAUGCACAUUUCCCAUUGAGAGCAAUUUAUUCUGAGUGGACAUGUAUGGGAUUGUGAGUAUACCUAUUUUUAACAAUAUAAAGGGUGGAGAGAUAAGACUGUGUAUGCCUUGAUGGGUAUCUCUUUCACAUCAUGGAUUGAAAGAUAAUUUUUAGGCUUUGUGUAAAUAAGAUUACUGUCAGAUUGCAAAAUUGUGUAUGAAGGUUAGAAAGAGCAUAUGAGAAAUUGACUAACUUUUUCUAAAAUGCCAUGUUGCAGCCCUUUAGCAGAAACUGUAGCUCAGCAGCAGCAUUUGUGGCAGAGGGGCAGUGAGACUGGUGUGUAUUAGUUUAGUACCAAAGUUUAACUAUGGCUGCAAUCUCCCAAGCAUUACUUUCAGUGGCACUGGUGCAAGACUCCCACUUACAAUGAGCAUGAGUGUUAGUGCACCCGUGCUUGGUGGAUACUUCUCAAUGAUUUCUAAUGAGAUGCCGUUCACACUUAACUUUUUCCAUUAAAAUUAAUGAAAAGUUGAGCUGCUUUUGUUCCCUCAUAAUGAAACAUCUUGUAAUUUAAAAAUGGUUGUAGGUAUAGUGCAAUUAUGAAUGCUAUAAUCAUUGUACACACACACACACAAAACAAACAUAUAUAUAUAUGGCAGCAUCCAUAUUGGCUUUGUAAUCAUUAAUUUUUGGCAGAUUGAAUGUGCUGUAUUGAUAUGUAUCUAUGUAAUUGUAAUGUAUGUCUUAUAGAUAAUUCACAUUUUAAAUAAUGUUAUUUUAUUUACUUUUUUAAGAGAGAAGAAUGUAAUUUUUUGUCAGUUUAUUUCUGACUAGGGUUUUUUAUUUUUAUUUACAAAAAUAAUUAUUAUAGUGCAGAGCGGUACUAGCAUCGUGCUGUGUCAAAUCAUUUGCACAGCCUGAAUAGAAGUGGAACUGAAAACACGCACGCACACACAAAGUCAUCAAUGUUUCUAUACAAGUUUUCAGAAGGUUUCACUCUUGAGGUAGCUUUCUUAGAAGAAAAUGUGCUGCUGGGCUGCAUUGAUUCUAGUAAAUGAAAAGAAGGUUAGUUUACCUCCCUGACUUUGCAAACUUUCUUCUUCUUCUUUUAACCACCAGGUUAUGCUCUACAGUCACCAUAUAGUUGAGAUCUAUAUGGUACCAAUUUUGUGUGAGUUCAACACACUUCUGACUGUUCAGAAACUGUGUGACUGGCAAACUUGCUAAUUUCUUGGCCUUGUCUUUUGUGUGUGUGGCGAUGAGACAACUUGGUGUAUAUUGAACCCAUUCACAAGUGUGGAUCUCAUAGAUCUCCAAAUGCAACAAAGGAAGGACUGUUUGGUUCCACUCUUGUGCUGCUUCACACAUGCCAGUCUUCCUACAUGAACAUCUCUUCAGUGUAGGGACAAACAUAUAUAUACUACUAAUAUACUCGCAUGUGUGGUGAGCACAUGUGUGCCUAUAUCAUUGUGUACAUAUGAUGAGAAGUUGAGAUACAGAAACGGUUGUAUGUGAUGGCGGCCCUUAUGAGAUGGUUUUAACAGCCACCUCAAUUCAUUAUGCAAAUAAAAUUAUUGUGCAUACAUUACUACUUCCCUAAAUAUGCCGUAUUCCAGAAUUUAGUUUGUCAGACCCAACUGAGUAACAUUUGAAAGGUUGUGCCUUUCUUUAAAUAUAUAGCAAAAUGAUACCACUGAUACAGCUCUAAAAAGUAUUCUGUGUUGCAGAACUAUAAAUGAUAGGCAUAGAAUGUGAAAAGACACUAAAAUGGGGUGGAAUGGGAAGGAAAUGAUACUUAAGUCUUUGCUAACAACAUUAUGAAAUCUGUCCUAAUUUUUAUAUAAAACAACGGAUAUAAUACAGCAGGAACUGUUGCUUACGCAACUGCCAUUCAUUUCUAUCAAGCUAAAGUAUGUUCCCACACUAUUAUUUACCAUUUAUAAUAGCAUUUUAUUUUCAGUUUGUACUGUGGUCUCCUCAAAAUAUUUAAAUAAAGUAGGAUGUUUGUGGGAACUGAAUCUCCAAAUAGCAUUGAAUUAGACAAAAAAGCUCAGUCAGACUGUGAAACUUGGCUGCGCAAGAUUCUUUUUGGAGAAGAUGAACAAUCUGUGUCAGCCAGAUGCAGAAGUGACACACGUUGGGCUAGCUGUGCUUAUCUGUCUCAUCUGAACCCACCUUGAAGUAGUGACUUGCUAUGUGACAAAUCUAUAGCAGAUGUUGGAUCUGAAGCAAGGUCUGCCAGAUCUUUAUGUGGUUGACCAGACACUUGGGGUCUUCGCUGGGGGUUGUGGUGCAUUAAUUUUGGUGGCUUCUGCUCAGUCCUGGAUUUCUCUUCCCACUAAAUGCGAGAAUGCAUGACAACAUUCCUUCUCUUUAACAGGGAAUAAAUUGACCGCUCCAAUUUAAUUUGAUACGUUUUUCUUUAAAUAAGCUACAGAAAGGAAAGAAUGGAGGAGUCUAAAAUAUUAUUUGGGGUGACAGUAUUCUAUUAUUAUUAUUAUGGGUCUGGUGGGGGGAGUUUUAAAACUUGUAUAACAAGGAAUCAAAGUUUACUUAUGUCUCCUCAUUGUAUUACAAAGAUGUUCCACUAGCAUCUUCUAGGAAAAGUUAAGACUUGUGGCAAAUGUUGAGAGCAUUGGAUCAUCUUGUUGGUUGAAAGAAGGGGACUUUGGUGUGCUGAGGCAAGCUUCCCUUAAAUUGCCAUUACAACAUUGCCAUGUGCCAGUUCCUCACAGCCACUAUUUUUCCUUUUGAAAUGACACUGCUCUUCCCACGUGUAAGUUAUACUGCUCAGAUGUAUUUUUCUUUCAUAAACUGUUGGUUGUUUUCUGCUAUGCCUUACAGGUUUUGAGCCCAGACAUUAGUGCCUCUUAGCAGGGAGCUGGAAGAAAGCUAACAAAAGAAAAAAGAUGUGUAUAUUUGCCAAAGCAUUGUAACAUGGCAUAUCAUAAAUGGACCAAAAGGAAGCUGCUUGGAAGUGUGUGUCCUUGAGCUCAUUAGGAGUGCUGUCCUCUAGCUAUAAAGUUGUGCACACUCCCUUUUAGAGAUCGUAGGAGCUGAGGAAGUGCAGCUCCCAUUCAACUCAAUGGGCCUUGUGCAGAAGAAAUAGAAUUGUGUCCUAGCACAUAAAACUUAUUAAUAUAUGAGAUGUUCAUGGGUAGCUUAAAAACACCAACAUGUAAAACUUGCUUUUCUCACAAGAUGGCUGGCGCUCUCCAGAUAUAUGAAGGCUAAAUACAUGAUCAAGGUCAUUUCAUUUUUUAUUCUUCAAAACUACUUUGAUUGCCAAGAUUAUGGGAAUUGUUUGUUUGUUUUUAGUUAUGCCAUCACAUUAGUAUAGUUUUUCCCCCAACCCCAAGUUUGAAAGUGGAGCAGACUUUUUUAAAAAAACAAAAUGUGGGAAUAUCAGGUUGGAACUGACUGCAUGAUUUGCAAACAAAAAUCACGUGGGGAGGGAAAGGGUUGCAUAUUAAGUGACUUCUAGGCUCUCCCAGCCUUUGGUUGUAAGAUGCAAAUUACUUUUGACUUAAUGAUUGACUUUUCCCAUUGGUUUUGCAUUUCUCACAAAAGCCUGAAAUGAUAGAAAAUCAAAUGUUAACACACAUGAAAAAAAUAAAAUGUACCCAAAUAAAUUAUAA